AUGGCGGAUAUCAAAGUAAUCAAUGGAGUACCAAAAGAUACAAGGGAAAUUUCAUGCACAUCUUCGGGCAGCGACGCACCUCUUAUGCCUCGUGAGAGAAGUCGCUUACUUGUGACGUUUGUCGUGGUUAUGGGAUUGAUGUUCGUCUGGGGUGUUGCUCUACUUCCGGCCAUAUUCUACGCAAACAAAUUGCCUGCACCGCCGGAGCCCCACAUUAAUACGAGGUACGAACUUAUUAUUAUUUUCUGUUUUUUUUUUAAGAGCAAAUAUUUCUAUUUUUAUGGCAUUUCCAUUUUCCACUUACAAGGCGUAGGGGAAACAAUUGUACGAUUUUUUGUGAAGGCAUUUGAUUUAACAGUUCUGGAUGUUACUAACAGAAGGAAGGGGGAAUGGGGAAUGGGGAACGGGAAACGGGAAACGGGAUAUGGGAAACGGGAAACGGCAAUGGAAGUCUGGGAACAAGUAGUCAGCAGAACACUGCAGCAAAACGCACUGCACAUAAGCAAAAAAUGCAACAUCCGCUCAUGAUCACUUUCGUAUUUCCUAUUGCAUAUAUAAACCAAGUGAGAAAAUAUAAAAAAAUAAAAAUAUAUAUAAAAACAAAAAGCAAGAAACUAGAACAAAAGGUAAAGAAAAAAACUGUUUCUUUUGAAAAUUUAUUCAUUUUUCUAGUUUCAGACUUUUGCACCUAAUUAAGUUCUGGUUGCACCAAUGCUGAAAAUGAUGUUUGAAGUUUGUAGACGGAUUUGUUUUUACUGGCUUUGUUGUAUGCAAAAUAUGAAACGGAAAAACUGAUCCUUACUACAAGGCAAUGAAGAAGUAAACAAAAGAAUAAAACAAAAAAAAUUAUGUAAACAAAUUGCCCAAUAUUUCGGUUUGAAAACAAACCUUCUUCAGGGGCUAAAAGAAUGGAAAUAAAACUAAACGUUCGUUACAAAUAAGUAUAAUUUUGAAAAAGUGUCAAUAAAUGCAAUGGAUUGUUAUUGGUGUAGGAGACUAGGCGUUAUCAUAUAUCAGUGAGCUUCGUCACAUCUAUUUAUUCCUAGAGGAAAAUAUAAUGUGUUCGCUUUGUGUAUUGAAUGAGCUUCUCGAGCCUUUCUCACUGCAUCACGGUUGAUGGUACAUGUAAAUAAAACUACAAAGCGAUUGUGUGUUGUCAUUUUCCAAAUAGAGCUCAAAGUUUUAAGACAUUAAGACUGACAAAGUGAAGAACCAAAACGGAAAACUACAAUACACAUGUACAAGCUUGCAAUGAUAACUUUGUGUCUUAGUUUCAGCCAGGUUAAGUGAAAAAUGGCAGUCAAAAACUUUGUUUUUGUGAAAGAAAAUACCUGAUGCUCAAAUUAGCCAAAAUUACACAAGUUAUUAUCAACUUACCUUUUCUGAAUCUAAUCGACUAAUUGUUUUAGUGAUCUGUGCCUGGUUAUCCCUACAACCAAUUUCAAUAGCUACAAAAUAGUAAAAAAACAUGAGCAGCAUGAAGCAGAACUACAAACCACAAGCUGCACACAGAAUGAAGCUGUAUGACUGCCACAUAUAACAUGUAUCAUGCUAAUACUCUCUUUGAAAAGCUCUCCAUACACAGAAUUCAGAGAACCCAUCACUUUCCACGGAUUCUGGUUGCCUUGAAAGGAAUUUAGAGCGCACCAUUUUAAAUCAAAGACCAACACCACCAUGUCAAGUCUUAAUGUCAAAGAGAAAGUGUGAAAUGUACAGCUAUGUUUUGCCACGAGGAAUCAAAGAGCCUUCGAUUUCAAACCUGUGUCAUAGAAAUAACGUUUUACCCCACAAUAAUGGCAAAAAAGGAAAACGUUGAAUCAAAGCGAGGGUAGUAAAAAGGCACAGCUUUUUCGCUUUUUUCUUCUAGUGAGAAAAAGUGAGCACGCUUGGAACAAGCCUACAGCAUGUAUUCUCUAAGGAGAUAUCAUUUCUUGUGAUCUCAAAUCAUUUGACAUUAUCUUUUUGUAUACUUCUGUGAACAGUCAAAACAUUAUUUUCGGGAAACUUGUUGAAAAGUAAAAACUUAGGUAUUGUAUAAAAUGUGUGUCGAUACUGUCGAUAAUCGAGUGAUAAUAUGAAAGUCGAAGAUGGCUAUAAAGCCUGGUUUUCACUAGCGCAUAAGCAUAUGUGACCCUAUUUGGGAAAAGGGGGAUUAAGGUGAAUUUAGAAAACAACGUUCUAACGCGUUUAAUCGGCUUCGUCGAAAAGCGUGGAAACGCAUUUUGUAUGCGUUUAAACAGAUUUUUAAUGCGUUUAAACAACCGGCUCUGUUGCACUUCAAUAUUGCAUUUCGUAUGAUGGAAAGUAAGCUAAUUUAGUCGUAUUUGAAUGAAUAAAUUACCAGUGUUUUAUUAUAUGAAAUGCGAAGAUUAGGGUGCAUGUCUUCCAACUCACUGUGUCAAAAUGAUCAAUUCACCAGCAACUUACCUUUUGCCUUUCCUUUCUACAUAGCAGAUGGCUAAAAAAUUGCAUUGCAGUAAUCAUCACAUUCCGUCUAUAAUAUCGUUUUUUCUGUGAGCGCCUCAUGUACACCGACUUUAGCCCACUUGCAGUGCAAGAAUGUCGUGCUAUCAACGGGAGCAACCAAAGCACACGCAGGAAAGAAGAUGCGCUUUUCGAGUCUUCCUAAGAAUGGAGCAAGCAGUCGAAUUUGAGCCUACGGAUUCUGUAGUUUUCAUGUUGAAUACAAUAGCCAACAAUAUUGCUCAAAGAAACGCAAACUACCUAACGACGCUUCAAAAUGUUUCUAUCGGCAUAUCGGGCUUCACCAACAGGCUGGUCAAUCCUUUUUCUCAAGCUUGUUUUAAUCUUUUUAUGCUCUUUAAAACCUUCACAUUCGACUCCUUCGUUUUUCCUCUUCGGAAUUUUUGGCGACAAAAGCACGUCGCCAGAAGCGAGGCAGAAUCGAAGAAAUAAUGGCGCAAGCCUUCGUCAUGUAUUUUCGCAUUCAGGGUCACUGGUCACGAUGUCGUGACGCUCGCCCCGUAACAACAGAAAAUAUCAGCUUUUCGCCCGCUUUUAUAACGAGAAAACUUUGACUGUACCUCUAAGGAAUGUGAGUAAGCUUGUGCGCAGGGAAGAUCACUUAUUGAAUAAACCUCCAAAUUCUAUGUGUUAUGAAUCAAGGUUUCAAUAAAUUUCAUUCCGUGACUGGCGAGUGUGGGAAUGUUAUCGCUAAUUCCCUUGAGACAUCCUAGGCUGUAAUCUAAUUGGUCGGCACCUUUGCAGGAGAUCCCAUUACAUAUCUAGGCAAACAUUUGCCACCGUUGAAUGAAGGGCGCAAAGAGGAUGUUACUAAAACGGGGAACGGGGAGCGGGGAGCGGGGAGCGGGGAGCGGGGAACGGGGAACGGAAGUCUGGGAACGAGUUGUCAGCGGAAACCUCCACAAAAAUCCAAAAUGGCGGUCCAAAAAACGAGAGAGAGAAAGAAGAAGACAAAGAAAGGAAUUUGUGCCUUGGUUGAAAUCAGGUGGGGACGAAAUUGCAAAUCAGACUCACAUUUUACGUUUAAGUUUUGAGCAGGUGGUAUGUUUUUUCGAUAUUAAACCUGUUUCAUUUACAAUAUGAUAAGGUCUUAGGUCUUAGUUUUCGAGACACCUGGCACACUCACAUUACUCCUGGAUUACUCCGUUUACUUUAGACCGUCGCUUAAUCCUGCCUGUUUAUCCCCCUGAAUGUUCUUUUUCCCACUCAGACAAACUCUUGGAGAGUAAAGGUUUUAUCCAAGCCCAUUAUAUGCCUUGUUUUGAGAAUGCUUGGUAAAUAACUCGCAGGCAUUGUAAUGAGAAAUAAACGUGGAAUUUAUUAAUGCAUGUACAUAUAGUGUUCUCGCGUUCUGUGCUUGAGUAAAUUUUUGUACAGCUGUUAGUAUUUAAAACUAACGGCUAAAACUUGUUUUUUACAAUUUUUUCAUAACCGGGAAAGCUUGCUGUUGUUGUUAGUGUUAUAUUAAAGUCAUUGAGUGAUGAGUUAUGAAUCGUUUAAGGUCAGGGUUUGGCAUUGAAAGCAGGGUUAAGCACUCUUUUCAAGAAGGUGGUAGACAAAACACUGACCCCCAUUCCAUGAACUACCCCCAAUGACUACCCUAAAAUGGACUAUGCCACCGAAGUUAAGUGAUUGGGGUUAGGAAACGGAGUGAAUCAGGUUCCAUUUAGGGUCCUUAUACUGGGAAAACUGACCUAAAACUUCAUUCACUCAGUUUCCUAACCCUAAUCACUAAACUUCAGCGGUGUAGUCAAUUUUAGGGUAUGUCCAUGAAGUGUGGGUCAGUGUUUUGUCCACCACCCUUCAAGAAGUGUUUAUUCAGGUUUGUCACUAUAUUUACUGUAUGUACCAGUAUUUGUUUAAAGCAGAUAGUAGCAGUUAAUCCGAGAUAUUUGAAGUUUUUCACUUGACUCAUGACUCAUUGACUCAAUUAUUUAAUUGCCUCUAUAAUUUCAACUCCUUGACCCAUAACGUGGCCUAAUUUUAAACCGGCAUUUUCUUGGCCUUUACUAGAAACACCAAAGCUCAUUAUAAUAUAAACACAACAAAUUGUACUGUCAGUCCUCUACCAUACCCCCUCCUGAAUGCUUAGGCCAGUAUUACAUGGCACAAGGCUAAAGAGAGUGAGAGACAUACUAGAAAUGCCGUACUGACUACUGCCAACAUAUAGCAUGAUUUGUACCAAAAUACCUUUUUGUGCCAAGGAAGUGGUACAUUCAUGGUUGUCUUCUUGUAGUCCUCUAAGGAGAGGGAGGCUGAACAGAGGAUUUACAGUAAAAGGUCUAAAGGGAAUUUUUGCCAGUUCACUCUCUAUGGAGAUGAAAGGGUUUGAGGCAAUAUUAUUCAGUUUUCCCCUUAUAACCUAGUUAUGGUCAAAAGAUACAAAUAUCAAAAUCAAUUUGAAAUGUCAUUCUGAAUAUAAAAUGGGUGUAAAAGCAAAUUCUAAUCAUUUUUUUAAAGAUACUCCUUUGUUGUGAAGGAUUUUGGUAGAGAUCUCUUGACUAUCACAAUUUGCUGGCAUAGGGUUCUAUUAUCAACCCGUUAUUGCUUGAUAUAAAGAAAUGAACUGGCCCCCUUUUUGCUGAAGAGUAAUGUAUAUGAAGGGAACUAUACAAUAUCAUAAAAGUAUUUAGGCGGCCACUUACGGAUUUAAACUGUUUCAGACAUGUUAGUUUAUACCUAACCCAUUUGGUUAACUUGACAUAAUGAUUCUAGUCAUACCUACUCGUACCUUAACCCUCUAAGCUUCAUUAUCCACAUACAAAUAACACUGUCUACACUUAUCUCUUUACAUUUCCUUAAAGAUUUAGAUGACAGAAUUUGGUUGAAGAUUAAAGCAUUUUCCCUUUGGUGAUUAUUUCAUUACUUGUCAUAAACAUUCCUCUGGAUAACGUAUUGAUAUUGUUUCGAGAAAAUUGAUUUCGGUCGAUCAUGGGACUUGAAGAGUUAAAUUUUCUUUUACUUUGAUCUUUGAUACGUUGUUAAAAAAACCUCAUCUAAGGCAAUAACAUGGUGCAAUCUGGAUAAGCAAUUAGCAUAUCCCAUUUCUUUUGGCUGAUUUUAAAACUUAGCCUUGGACUCUUUCAUUCUAAAGUAAACUAAGAAAAUGUGAUGAUUUUAUAAUGUAAACUACACUUACAAAACGUGUUGAAAAGCACUGUAUACAAUAGUGAAUAUGCAACACUAAGAAAAUGCCGGUUUAAAAUUAGGCCACGUUAUGGGUCAAGGAGUUGAAAUUAUAGAAGCAAUUAAAUAAUUGAGUCUAUGAGUCAUGAGUCAAGUGAAAAACUUCAAAUAUCUUGAAUUAACUGCUUUAAACAAAUACUGGUACAUACAGUAAAUAUAGUGACAAACCUGAAUAAACACUUCUUGAAGGGUGGUGGACAAAACACUGAGCCACACUUCAUGGACAUACCCUAAAAUGGACUACACCGCUGAAGUUUAGUGAUUAGGGUUAGGAAACUGAGUGAAUGAAGUUUUAGGUCAGUUUUCCCAGUAUAAGGACCCUAAAUGGAACCUGAUUCACUCCGUUUCCUAACCCUAAUCACUUAACUUCAGUGGCAUAGUCCAUUUCAGGGUAGUCAUUGGGGGUAGUUCAUGGAAUGGGGGUCAUUGUUUUGUCCACCACCUUCUUGAAGUCAGUGCUUUUAAAACCCUGCUUUCAAUGCCAAACCCUGACGUUAAACGAUUCAUAACUCAUCACUCCAUGACUUUAAUAUAACACUAACAACAACAACAAGCUUUCCCCGUUAUAAAAAAAUUGUAAAAAACAAGUUUUAGCCGUUAGUUUUAAAUACUAACAGCUGUACAAAGUUUUACUCAAGCACAGAACGCGAGAACACUAUAUGUACAUGCAUUAAUAAAUUCCACGUUUAUUUCUCAUUACAAUGCCUGCGAGUUAUUUACCAAGCAUUCUCAAAACAAGGCAUAUAAUGGGCUUGGAUAAAACCUUUACUCUCCAAGAGUUUGUCUGAGUGGGAAAAAGAACAUUCAGGGGGAUAAACAGGCAGGAUUAAGCGACGGUCUAAAGUAAACGGAGUAAUCCAGGAGUAAUGUGAGUGUGCCAGGUGUCUCGAAAACUAAGACCUAAGACCUUAUCAUAUUGUAAAUGAAACAGGUUUAAUAUCGAAAAAACAUACCACCUGCUCAAAACUUAAACGUAAAAUGUGAGUCUGAUUUGCAAUUUCGUCCCCACCUGAUUUCAACCAAGGCACAAAUUCCUUUCUUUGUCUUCUUCUUUCUCUCUCUCGUUUUUUGGACCGCCAUUUUGGAUUUUUGUGGAGGUUUCCGCUGACAACUCGUUCCCAGACUUCCGUUCCCCGCUCCCCGCUCCCCGUUCCCCGUUUUAGUAACAUCCGGCGCAAAGAUUCAUACAUUGUAAGUUUUUUGCAUCUAGUUCUGUUUCGAGAUGGAAGUUCUGUUGAUGUUUUUGGAUGGAACAGCUCAAAGGUAUUUGUAAACAACGGCACUGUACAGUGAAUUCCACGCUAUAAAGUACCGACGAAUCGAACCAAAGCAAGCAACACAGAUACAAGAAUCUUAGCUGGGGUACGCAUGCACUUACAAGAUUAAAACGUUCACGAUAAUGUACGUUCCUUAGUCCAUUGUAAAAUUUAACGACGACCAAAGUAAUAUUGGGUUGAAUUCGUUCAUGAAAAAAGUGUAGCAGAUCGUGGAUCACGGAAAAAACGUCAAGGUGAGCGAUGUCAGGCUUACGCUGUUGCAGCGAAUCAAAAAUCAUUUGGUUUGUGUCCGUGCAAACGUUAUGUAGCACAAUCGCUCUUAUUCUCUUUAUUUUUAAAGAAGAUAAACUUCAUUGUCUGCAUGUUCUUACAUUUAGAUGAGUGACCGUGAUUGCUGAAUAUUUACAAAGCGAGACUGUUGCAGAUUUGUUAUGUCACGUGCUUUUGUAACGUGUACGCGUGGAUUAAAAGUAUCAGUUGCAUUUUGACUUUCUUGUGGUUUUUACACCGUUACUGUACUAAGGCCUUGUCAACUCCUCUACCAUGUCUCAUGAUUAUUGCAUUAUUGAAGUCUGCAAUUCGUUGUUUUUUGUACUGACGAGUGGUAGGCCAUUACCGGUAACAACAUUUUAUCUUUUCGAAGCCACUUUGCAGCCCAGAUCGUGAUUCGGGAAUUUUCUGCACCGCUGCUACAGCGCUGUUUAUCGCUCCAUCAUGUAAUAUUCAUUCGUACAUUCCUCACUUCAGCUGAAGUUUAUGCUCAUGAUUUACGUACUGAGUCACCGAGUAUUUAGUGUUUUGUUUUCUUCCUCGAAGAACUCCGCCAUAUUUGGUUGGACUUUCGAUCCCGCAUUUCCUCUCCGUUCCGAGUCCUUGAAUUAAGUUUUCGAUGGUUUGUCGAGCUGCAUUGCUUCAAAUAAAUCAGAGUAACCCUGGAUGACACCCAAUAAUGAAGCAAGUGUCCAUGUAAUUAUGCGCUCAUUUGAGGUAAAUUAACAGCGUUUAAACGCGUCGUUUGUAUAAAGCUCUUUCGACAUAAAAAUCUUUCGCACGCGUGUUUUGUAUGUUUAAACGUUGUUUAAAUACGUUUAAACGGUGUUUUAACACGUUUACGUUUAAAACGAUAGAAAACACGUUUUUUUGUUAUUCACCUUAAUCCCCCUUUUCCUAAAUAAGGUCACAUAUGCAUAAGGCAUACGCAUGCGCAGAAUGGCAUAUUUGACUCGAUGCUCAAUACCAGCAGCUCUCCUCAAGCCAAUGAUAAACAAGAUGGCAGACAGUCAGCAUUAGAUCCCAUUGGCUGUAGCCCCUUUCUCCUCUCAUGAAAUUUACACAAGGUAGAACUGUUUUCUGCUUUUAUAUCACACUUAAUUAGAUGAUAUUUCAAGCUGGAAAUGUUCAUGUAAGUGCAAGUCUCUUCUAAUUGAAAGAAAAAAAAUUCUAGACGAAUGACAGUAGGAUUCGAACCCACGCCCCCUAUGGUCCAGUAUACUACACCAACCACUAGACCACUGAGGAUUUGCUGGAUGGAAGCGUAAUAAUUUAAGUACAUAUAGCAUCAACCCCAACCCCCAAAAAAGAACCAAACCUGAGUUUCAAAAAAGUGUAUAACCCUAAUCAGUAAAGGCAGUACUUAGGUAACCCUAAUCAGUAGAGGCAGUGCUUAACCCUAAUCUGUAAAAAGCAGUGCUUAACCCUAAUUAGUAAAGGGCAAAACUACGUUGUGUAAAUUUCAUGGGGUGCCCAAAUUAAAAAGGGGCUGAGGUUAAUGGGAUCUAAUGAUAACCACUACAGACGCUUCGUCCGCCAUAUUGCUUUUGAUAUGUUGCACGAGGUCUGGGUCAAAGUGACCUAUGAUUGGUCCAUGGUCUUGUGCUUAUGCUCGUGCUUAUGUCGACCCUGUUUUCACUAGUUAAAGCUACAACUUAAGAAUAAGCACAAGAAUAAGAAGAACGACCUUGUCCGUUUUUCUUGUGCUAAUGCUUAUGCUUAUGUCAACCCAGUUUUCACUUGCUUACACAUGUGCUUGUGCUUAUGCUUAUGCUCAUGUGCUAGUGAAAACCAGGCUUAAAGGAGAAGAAAAAGAUUCAUGACUAUCAUGAUGCAUCUGUAAACAAACUUUGUAAUGUGACUACUCAAGAAUACCUGGAUUAACAGAUUGUUCGAUGAUACUGGAUGGCAACAAAAUAAUGUUUUGGAAUGAAGCUUGCUAAAAUUUAUCUUUGAACAGAUAGCUCCAGUCGCUUGAAUGGUCAACAAUUUUCUCUCCAACAGACAGCCAUAGCCGUUCGCACGGCUGUCAUGUUUUUUUGAAUGGAUAUCCCAAGCCGUUGGAACAGAUAACAAUUUUUUUCGAACAGGUAGCCCGAGCCGUUCGAACGGAUGACAAUUUUCUUCAAAAGGAUAGCCUGAGCCGUUUGAGCAGAUGACAAUGUUUUAGCGGUGUAUUUACAGCAGUUAAGGGAAUGCAGUGAGUGAGUGUUCUACAUGUAAAUUAGGUUUGUGAAAGGUGUACCAUUUUUCAAAAAAUGGUAUAUAAAAGGGUAAGGAGUUGGACCCUGGGGCAGAGCCUCUCUGUAUAAAACUUCGCUGUGUACCCCCCUCCCACUGGGGUACAUUUGAACAGUUACCCUAGUCUGAUUCCUCUCUUUAGUUAAGCUCAAGGUGAUUCCCUGGUUUUGCACUGCGAAUCUCUUACUGCGCAUAACAAGAUGGCCUCCGUAAAAAAGAGCAUGUGAGGUAACAUUAUUAAAAUGAAGUUGACCGAAGAGAAACGCUAUUGCAAUUUUUGCUUGCGGUUGUUUCUUGCCGAGGUGAGACUCAAUGUGGUGGGAAUGUGCAUAACGUAAGCAGUACGCGUGUUGCUGAGUUCGACUUCCUCACGGAGAACCUCGAUAGUGGAUGUUUAAUUUGUGCUUAUUCACUUUGAUUUUCAUUUAAACGCUUUCUUUAUCACAUUGUGUCCUAAAUGUGAUAUCUCGAUGUAAAUUCUGUAAAAACGGAUUUUUUAAUACUUUCUUCCCCCUUUCGCAUACAUUCUACUUUUGAAACUCGCCCCCAGUCCUCUCUCAAACAUCAAGGAAAAUGCAUUUGGUGCGCACUUUCUGAAGCUCUGCCGCCAAAAUGAGUACGGUGACCCCCAUUUUUUAUUUCAUGAUUUUAGUAAGGGCAGUGCUUCCUUUCGGUGAGAAAAAAAUUGGCACAAAUCUAUGUUCAUUUUUUGGCAAUUUUACUAAAUUGUACGGAUUGAGCUAUCACGUGUCGAAUAGCACGUGUCCAAUCCAAUUCUACUUUGUAGCGUAAAGUAAAAACAAGGGCAUUAAAAGGCAUUUUUCUGGUACGUACCUCUAUCAUCGUUGCACCACAAUAAAUGUUUAAAAGCGAAAUAUCCCCACGCAUGUCACUGGAAAUAAACAUUUCCUCUAGCCAUGUCCAAAAUACCUUCUUUCUCCAGACACUGUGAUAUGGCAACUGCACACGGCGUUGCAAUUGGUCCGAGGUCAAAUUUCCCUCGACCAAGGGUGGUUAUUUUAUUUCUCAUACAAAGUCUCAACGGUUGCUCGUAACGCGACACUGACUCUCUAGUGAGAAAGUUAAUUUACAUAAGACACUCGUAAUGUGAGCUUGGGACACCUGUGUUGUGUUUCACUAGUUAAGGAAUUAAGCUCCCUGCCCCUUUUUUAAGAAGCCUAUUAAAAAUGUGUCUAAGGAAAAUAUGCCCCCUGCAAGAUCUGUUGUGUUAUGUUACAUGUACAUAGAGCAUUGAGUAGGUGUAAUGGGGCCACUAUAUAUAUAUACACAUACAGUUGUAUAGUUACAGAAAGAGUUUUGGCACUCCAAUCUUUUGCCACCCAUAACUUGUGUGAGACCUAAGACUCUUUAAUUUUCAAAACUACAGGCAGCUUCCUUGAAGGCUUGUCAACCACCUUCUUUUUUAAAUCUUAUAAGCUGCAAACCCCUAACAUUGAUACUUAAUGGUAGGUGCACUGCAACAUUACUGAAUCAAGCAAAUAAAACAGCUUGACAAACUGGUUUAAGUCAUAACUUGACACAUUCAGUUUUUCACUGAGCUUGAGAUAUUUUUCUCAACAGUAAAAUAAUGUUCAUUAAAGAGAAGCAGAGCCCCCCUCUACAAAAUAUUAAAAUGAGUCCUGCAGAAAAAAGCACCCAGGGGGCUAAACAGAGGAAAUAUACUUGCCAUAUUUUAACAGCCAGCCUUCAGAAGGUACCUUCCAACCAAAGUACUUCCACCAUGUAUGCGUGCAACACUUAAUACUGCAUGGAGCUAUAUAUUGUAGUUCGCUUUUAUCCAAAGUUUUCAUUUUAUUCCCUUUGUUUUGAACUCAUAAUCAUAAAAUUCAUAUUACCAUACCCCAAAACAACGGGAAAAAAUUUAAAUUUAUUAAUCUUAAGAUAAAACCACAGCAUAGCCAUUUGGUUCAAAUAACUGACUCUUUAAGAGCAUGGUAAGGUUGAUAUUCCUGCCACAAUGUUUAAGUUACCUUUUAUUGAUGUAAUAACUUGAUCCUUUUUCUUAAACCGGUAUCUUUUUAAAUAAUGCAAUUUGCAUUUACUUGCCAUCACAGGUUUGCCAGGAUAGAUUUGUCUGAGUUCCAAAUAUGACUGUGCUUAUUGAGAGUCUUCCUCCCAACUAGCAUCUUUCAACUGCUGUUGUGUGGGAGCAUACCGUAUUUAUUCAAAUAAGCACCCAACCUUGAAUUAGCGCCCACCUCAAAUAAGUGCCCAACCUGAAGGCAGAAAAAUUUAAUAAGCGCCCAGCCUCAAAUAAGUGCCCACCCCCACCCCACCUCCCUCCCCCUCAAACUCAAACUCAAAUAAGCACCCACCCCCUUUCUGGUCCCUCCCACUCAAAAUACCUUAAAUAAGUACUAAUAAGAGACUUUCCCAAAGACAGAGUUUUCUUCAGAGUACUUUACAGAAACCUUGCUUUGUUACAUUUUCGUGUUUUAUUCUUACCAUUUAUUGUAUUGUUGCAAAAUUAAUGUACUACACUUGCCGAAAAUGGUGAAAAUUUAAUAAGCGCCCACCUCGAAUAAGCGCCCACUCUCAAGGUCCAAAAAUUUAAUAAGCACCAAGGGCGGUUAAUCGAAUAAAUACGGUAUUUUGUUUCCUACGGAUUUAUGUUGCCUAACACUCAAAAAGGCAAAAAAUAUCAUGAAGCUAUUACCUCUGUGUUAUUUUAAGCACCUCACAAGCAGAUAGCAGUGUUAAGGGUUCUGUUGUUUCAAUGCUUCUCUAUCAUCUUAUUGGCCAUUUUGGAUUUUUGUGGAGGCUACUGCUGACUACUCGUUCCCAGACUUCCAUUCCCUGGUCCUUGUUUUAGUAACAUCCAAUAGUUCUCUAGCCUACGAGCAAGCUCUCCAGGCUCUCUGGCGGUAGGGCAGGAAAAGGAAGGAGAGCUUGCAACCACGUCUCUGGAAUUUGAAUAUCUGGAACAAAAAAGUUGGUGCAAAAUGAUGAUUGGUGGAAAUGGCAUUGGUAAUGAUGUCAUUACCCUUGGCACAUGUUUUUGAAUGUUUGUAUACAAUAUUGGUUUCCGCUUCGCGGUGAUUGGCGGAAAUCUGACAGCUCAGUCAUCGGGAAGCCACAGGGGAGUUGGAGGUGGAAUUCAAAUUCCAGAGACAUAGUUGCAAGCUCUCUUUUCUUUUCCCGCCCUGCCACUAGAGUGCCCCUGAGCUUGCUUGCAGGCUAACAGUUCUCUAUCACGAGUGUGAAGUUUCUGCUGCCAGUUUCAAUUUUAUUAUAUGUAAAUUCUUGCUGGUGAGGUUUCAAUAAUUUCUCGCGAGCAAGUUUAAACUCUCUGAAUCACAAGUUUUUAAUUUUUUGCUAGGGAGUUUUUUCUAGUUGUUAUGUGCAAAUAAAUGAGGUCAGUACAUGUGUUAUCCCCCCACAAAAACAAAAUUUAAUCACAAAAUAAAAGAAAUACCCAUUAAGCCAUAAGAGUAGAUGUAAAAAAGUCCAAAGACACAGAAUUUGAGCGAAGAUGUUGGUUUUAUGAGCAGAAGAGAACAACAGCUCUGCACAUGCAACAUAUGCAUUUUGGCACAUUUCUUUGAUGAACAAGCAUAGAAAAGAUUUUGAACUUGAUGAACCUGUCUCAAAUUUUGUUGCCCCGAAACAUAAACUGAUCCCAUUUCUUUGAAUUCCAUGUGCACUGCAUAUAUAACUAUUACAUGAAACUUCUUAAUGUAACAUUUUUAUGGAGGGCAGCCUCAUUAUGGACAUCAUGUUUAAAGUCACAAAAUUUAACCUCAUCAAUAAAAUAUUGGUCGUCAAUUUCUGAUAUGAAUAAAUCAGUUAGCAUUGACCAUUAUCAUGAAUUGAUAUUUCUCUAUUUUCAUGUAGUUAAGUUACUCCCUGUUUUUUUUCUUUAGUAUUGCAUGUAUGCCAAAGCCCCUGUUUUUUUUCCUUAGCAUUAUGCCAAAGCCAAUGUACCCAUGUAACAAACCACUUGUUUACAAUGACAAGGCAAAGAUGUGCAUGCCUCCUUGUCCUUGGGUAUUCUUCUCUCCUGCUGAGGAUUAUGCUUUGGAAGUGGUGGACAACUUUGCUAUUGCUGUUAGUUUGCUGAGUUUUGUCAUCAUCUUAGCAACUUGGCUCCGAAUCAAACAGCUGUAAGUCUUAGAAAAUCACAAUCGUUGUGGGAGAUGGUUCUUUUUAAUUAGGUUAUUAUGCAUGUGAUUGCACAAUAAUAUUAUUAUGAAUGGGAUAUUUUUCAGAUGAUGAGUCUCUUUCUCAAGUUACUUUAACCCAUUCACCCUUGAGCCACCCGUGCAGAUCCACGUCCUUUCUAGUCUGCAUCAGUUUUAAUGGUCAAGGACAACUUUGUCUGCUUACUUGUGCAGAGUGAAGAGAUCUUUCAAACCAUACCAGAAUGAGCACAAUUCAGUCAAGGACUCUGAAGAAAAAGGCAAAAAACCAUGUAACAUUGACCUGAAAAUUUCCAUGAAAAUCUUCCUCCACUACCCACCUACUUUUCCUUUCAUCUUAUCGUAAGAACCUAAUCGCUUUCCUAUUUAAACUUUUCCCACCAAAAUGAAGCCUACUGAAAGCCCAGCAAGAGAAAAAAAAAAUGAGGCAAGAAAAGUGAAAAAGAGGGGAGGGAAAGCCAAAGGAAAAGUCAAGACCGCUGUGUCGCUUUUAAACCCAAAAACUAUCUUGAAAUUUUGCUUUCUGUGCAUUCCUGAACUUCGCAAGCUAAUAUUUUGCAUCUGGAUCAGAAGACCGUCAAGUGUACGACCUGUAAACAGCUUUGUGGCAAGUUUUAGCUCUUAAUAGCACGACAGUGACCAGAAAACCACUCAAAUAGCUUCAAAACGUGUUUCGAAGGGUUAGUCGCUGUCUCCAGCGGCGAAUGGGUUGAGCACUAUAUUAUAUAUACCUCUAGUAAGAAUUGUAUUUAGACAUUUUUAUCAACAGAAAUGUACUGUACAUCUAACCCAAAAGCCACGUUGUGGGGAAUACAUAAUAAUUAUACCUCUCAAGAAUUCCAUGAAAUCUAUGUUGACCCUUGAAGAAUAUUAUUCUCUUAAAAAAUAAAUGUUUACCUCAAAGAACUGCACAGUUUUUUAAUCUACCAGAGGAAUUCCAAUCAACAGUUUAUGCAGUGACAUUUAGAAAUUUUCAAGUGCUAUAAUAUCUUCAUGUUGCUUACAAGUCAAAUGUAGCUUAUUUUUGCAAGGAUGCCUGCCUAUGGAAAAAAUAAAUUGUGCAGUCUUGAAUCUUUGUUGAUCUGGCUGGGUGGCCAUUCUAAGGCAUGUUGCACUGUUAUAAUGUUUUCAGUCAUGCAGGUAUUUUUUUUAUCUAAGUUAAUUGAUGCAGUAUUUUAUACAUUCUUGAUGUUUUUGUUCAGUAUCUGUAGUGCUACAUGUACUUCAUUCAUUGAUUAACCCUUUAAGCCCUAAGAGUGAUCAACAUCAAAUUUCUCCUUGUAAUAUCACUGCUUUAUAAAACAGAGUGGUCAUGAGAAUUAAGGACAUGAUCACACAAGGUGAAUCUAAUUAAUUGAUACUUCAACAAAUUCUCCCCACUACUUCUACUGAAAACGCAUAGGGAUAACAAAAGAGAAUUUGAAUUUUGAUGUUAGGGUUUAAAGGGUUAAUCUUUUUGUUUUCAUUCUUAUGUUGUUGGCAGGCGAUUAUUUCCCCAUAUAAUUCCACUUUAUAUUCAAGGCCUUUCUGCAGCCAUUGGUAAGUAUGCGGCAUGGUUUAUUAUUUAAUAAAAUUUUUGUCAAUAUUUUUAAUGAAACAAGUCCUGGACGCUGCAGCUUUUGACACUUUAUGUUUAAAGCUGUCAAAUAUUUUUUACUUUUGAUAUUUGCAUAAGACUGUCAGUUACAAGUGAAUAAGAAUGGAAAAUUGUAAAAAACAAUUAAACAGUAAAGUUAAGAAUCUAAAAGAUGAUAAAAGAUAAGUACACAAAGAAUCUCUCUCAAAUUCAGGUUUGUACAGUUUUUCUCAUUUGUUUGAGUUUUUAAAAGCAGUGUUUCACCCAAGUUUAUAGAGCUUUGUGUGGAAAUGUUAAUAUGGCCACAGAAUUAAUGCUACCGGGUAGCUACAGUCAGACUGUUCAGAAUGCAAAAAGUCAUGUGACACCUUCCUUAGCUUGGUGCCACCAUUCUUUUUGUGCUCUAUUACAAAACAAAGAAGACUAUUGUAAAGACAAUAAAAUAAUUAUUAGCCAGUUCUUAUUAACUUGUGAACUAAAGACUGUCAGAUUUGAAUUUCAUUUAUUUUAAAUUUACAUCUUAAAGUGCAAACCACCUCAGUUAUUAUUUAACACACUGUAGGUAGGCUCCUGUCACCCCUUUCUAGAUAGAAAAAAAUCAUCCAGUCAGUACUGAAGCUUACUGUGAAUCCUCAUUCUUGACCUUGGAGUUUUGCCUUAUUUGUGAGAAAAAUUGGAAGAUCGGUUUUCGAUGUCGGAGUCUCAGAAUGCCCUAACUUUUAACCUGAAAUUCGCUAACAUUAACUUUCCUCGCGUUCGCAAACAAAGCAGCAUGGAGAAAUUUGGACACUUUUCAUGGACAGAAAAUUUCUUUCUCUUCCACUAAAAGAUACUUUCAGGGUAAUAGCGAAGCUCGUCGUACUGAAAUAAUUCAAAAAUGAUGGAUAGGUUUUCAGGAUAACAAAAACUUAAGUUCGUUAAGACAUACCUGGGUAGCCUGCGAGCAAGCUCUCCUAUUUGGGCGAGCAAAGCGAGCCUCGCGAGAACGCUCGCUUGCGCAUUCUUGCGAGACUCGCUUCGCUCGCCCAAAUAGGAGAGCUUGCUCGCAGGCUAUAUCUGGGAAUUGGCUUGGGUUAUUGAAGGAAAUCUCUGUAAGACACCAUCAAACUGAAGUAGAUAUUUACAGCCUAAAGGCUCAUUUUUUGUACGUCUUGUAGGUUUUCCCAUUGCAAAGUUCCCUUUUUCAAUAAAAGAGUUGGGGUAAAAAGGUGAAACGGGGUCAAUUUUAGCCAUUUGAAACACUAAUCGACACUAAACUCUACCAGCCGGCGACUCUGCGUGUUCUCUGUUAGUUUAUUUUAGCACUCGCAGCUAGUAUUUGAAAGUGGGCUGGGUUACAAUUUUAAGAAUCAAUGCUGCAAUAAACAUUAAGCCUUGAUUUCUUUGUUGUCUAUCUAGCUUUCCUUCUUGCUGUAGCUAAUGGAGUGGGAAGAGAGAAGGCAUUCUGUACCAGCAGAUUUUUGUCUGAAGCUCAGGAGAAUCCUACCACAUUUUGCAGAGCACAAGGAAUAUUGAUUCAUUAUUUCUCAAUAGCACUGGCCUUGUGGUUUUUAGUUUACAGCAUCAACUUAGUUCAGGUGAAAGAAAAAAAACAUACCAUGAUUUGACUGAACCUGGUUAUCUUCCUAGCUUUCUACCUUGUACCAAGGCUUGUUGUGGACCAAGGGCAAGCAUGGGAUGCAUGUACAUUAUUAAAUUUUUAUUUAUCUCCCAUUAGGCUGCACUGUAUUUGGUUGAAGCUUUAACCUUUUCACUCCUUGACCACAUUAUGGCAAGAUUAUUUGUCACUCUAACUUUUACAUCUGUAGAUGAAAUUUGAUGGUGUUACCACUUACUACUACAUGAGAAAUUUCUGCAAUUUAAUCGGCUGAGAGCAGUGGUAUUUCAGCUUAAUUUGAAAUACCUACAUGUGAAAAUUACAAACCUUUUGUGGGUAGUAGUAUAAACAAAAUGGCAUGAUUUGUACGUGAUAUUUGGCAUAAAUACCACUUGCGAUAUUUCAAAAUUGUCUCAAAUUUCACUCGCCUAACGGCUCGUGAAAUUUCGUAUGACAAUUUUGAAAUAUCACUCGUGGUAUUUAUGCCAAAUAUCACUACAAAUCAUGCUAUUACCUAUACAAAUUAAACCUCCCUGGCAGAACUAUUGCAUAAAACUAUUUAUUUCCAUAAUUAUUUAUUUUCCAAUUUUUUCGAAAAGAAAUUUUAACAAUAUUAUUUUUUGUGAAUUUUUUCUUUGGCCGCUUUUAGGACAGCAAGGCUUAAUGUCUUAAGGAGAUGGUUUAUCUUGAAGGAGGCGUAAAUGUACUAGAAAUAAUAGGUUAUUGAUGUGCUCUAGUUAUGAAAUCAAUGCACUUCAUAUGAAUUGUUGUCUACCAGCUAAGGGGAUUUGGGUUUUUUUUUAAAAUUGUUUAUCAACCACUGACACCCUCCAAUAAUUAACUCAGCACUGCACAACUCUUAUUUCUUGCAGAUGAUGUACUCUGAUAGCCUUGUCAGUGUUCAGGGUCAUCAAUACAGAGUGAAACAUAUUGUUUGCUCCUUGAUUUGCUGGUUGCUGCCUUGUAUACCUGUUGGCGUUGUAUUGGGCUCGAAAACAACGAAGUAUGAUGUAGUGAACAUGCGCAGCUGCUUUCCUGGUGGAACAGACACAGGGUUCUUUACAACCACAUUUUUAAACGAGAUUGCACAGGGUGUUGGCUGCACCUGCCUGAUUCUAGUUGCCUAUAAGCUUUUCAUGGUAAGAUGUUUACUUUAAGUGGACAUUGAAAUUACGCACCGUCAUUCAUUUUGGGACAUACUUAAAGGGGCUAUGUUACAAUGAUAUGUAACAAUUAUUCACCGAAAUGGAGGUGGCUAGUGGUGAAUGAUUGUUUUAGUAUAUACUAAAACAGUGAGAUAAUUGAGCACAAAAAUGAUGAUGUUUACUUAACUCAUUUACUGUUGCCAAUGUCUAGAAUUUUGGCGCGCAAUGACCGAACGGCCGCGGCCGUCGAUUUUUCUUGCCGACAAAUAAAACUUUUGAAGACAUUUGUUUAGAUCUUGCAGGGAAAUUUCUUCAAAAGGAGUUGUGAUUUCUUUUUACUUCGGCGGAGCGCGAAGUAAAGGAUUCGCGACGCUCAGGAAUUUAUCAAAGUUGCAUUUUUUUGACAAGACUGGGCAAGCAAAGUCUGUAGGUUUUCGGUUCUAUUCGGCUAUCUGACGAAGUGAGAGCCGAAUUAGUUCGAGAUAUCUCGAGGUCAUUUCGAUUUCUUUGAUUUAUUCUUUAACUUUUUCGAAGAAGAAAGAAUUAUUAUUUUGGCUUUCCCGGGGUUUGAACCGACUCACCUGUGUGACCCGUCAGAUCAGAGGAGACUCUUUUAAGAUGAGGGAUUAGCCGAUUGCGCUACUGCGACGCAAGGUAAUUUGGGCUUGAAAAAUAGUUAUCAAAUGAUGCACUAGUUUCGGGACAAGAUUGGGCGAGCAAGUUCGUGACUUUUCGGCUUGUUUCAACUAUUUCACGAAAUGAGACCGGACUACUUCGCGAUAUCUUAUGAUCACUUCGAGUUUAGUCUUUAAUUACUCGAGGAAUAAAUAGAGGAUAUUUCGUGGCCGCGCAGAGACACGAAAUUUCUCUUCGAGUGUUGAAAAACAUUUCACGAGUGAGCCCUCCUUUCGAACUGUUUUAUGAUGAAUUUAAAGUUUCAAAAUGCUGCACAAAGACAUUUUGUCUUUGUUGAGUGUUAUGUAGUAAAAUUGCUUUCAUGCGUUGCGUGACUUUCUCGAACGUUCUCUACGUUUUUGGAUUACCCAUGAAUAAUUAAUUAGGGCAUGUUUACAUUUUAGCAUGAGUCAGCAGAUUUGCAUCAGUUACUGAAAUCAUAAAAUAUGUCGAAAAGCUACUACUAUUCGCCUGUUUAGUAUUUUCUAGAACCUUAUGUCAAACGGUAUACAAGUUCCAAGCGAGUUCUUUUGACGAACUAAGGGCCUGUUUACAUGGAGGUGGGGGACCCCAGGUAGGUGAGGUAACCCGCUUAGGUGGGGUAACCCGCCUGUCCAUAUAAUCUCUCAUUUUCAUUUGAUCACGUUUACAUGAUAGGUGGGGUGACCCGCCAAGGCGGGUAGCCCGGUCUACCAGACCGGGUUACCCUCUCAGCCGGGGUCACAAUUUGUCAUGUAAACGUUUCAAGGUGGGGUAACCCGCCUGGCCGGGGUCGGAUUCGGGAUACAUCAAAUUCGCGCAAAAUUCACUUUCGCGGUGUCUUUGCAUUAUGAUUAAAGUUAACAAUAGAAAGCUAUUGCACUGACGGGUUGCAGCAAGGGCAACAAGUGAGUGAAGAAGUGCAUUAAUCGCCAAAACUCGUGGUUUGCCAGCAUUUUUCUUGUUUACGUGCUUAGCGACCAUUCAAUAAUCUUGAGAAAGUACACCCCGGGAAGGCGGGGUUGUAAGAUUGCAUGUAAAGGGGGGUUAUUUUUUUACCUCACCUAAGCGGGUUACCUCACCUACCUGGGGUCCCCCACCUCCAUGUAAACAGGCCCUAAGUUUUUUUCCCACGAGCUGGACUGCUGUGUUUAGUCAAGUGUGACGAAGGUCGAUUUUCAGGUUCUGUGUUUACAAGUUCGCGGAAGCCGUAAAAUAUCUGAAGUUCAAGUGACAGUUUGUUAUUAUUGGUAGAGGCUGUUUAGUUUACUCAAAGUUCAAGUCAAGUUUGUGUUGGUGGAUGCUGUGUUUUAAAGCUCUGUAAAGGCUAUGUUCCUUUGGUGUUAAACUUCCUUGUGUUAAUCCGACAUCCCUGCGUGCUGAUAGUCAGUGAAUAAUUAUCCUCAAAACAUUCGAACUCGUGACUUUGAGUUUUAGCCAAUUCCAUGCUCAACGUAAUUGACUCCUCAGGGGCACCCAACGAGAAUAUAGUUCAAAACCACUUAAACAUAGCAUUGUUAAACGUGUUUUAGUAUUAAAACGGUAGAUAUAGGCAUAUUUUUAUCCCCUAAAAUUUUUUAUCUGUUCGGAUUUCCUAGCUGAAAGUCUAGUGAUUCGAGAAUUAUAGGGAUCAAAACUUACCUUUUCGAAAAUUUCAGCCAGAAAAAAGGCUCCCGAAAAUUGUAGGUGACCCUUUUAGGGUAAAAAUCGGUUAAAAAUGGGCAAUUAUACCAUUUUUUAGAUGUUCGAAAAUCCUAGGAGAGGAAGACAAGCAAGAAAUUUUGGAAAAAAUGUUCCGAAAAUUCUAGAUCUCAAAUCGUCUUCCGAACAGAUAUUUUCCGAAAAUUGUCGUUGGGUGCCCCUGACUCCUUACCCAUGCCUUACAUAUCUUUAAUCAGUACAUGAGACUGCUAUGCUGUUUUUGAAGCCUGAUGUGACUAAGAAAAAUAGAGAAUUGUUUUUUUAGAAGGAUUUGUAUGGAGUCAUCAGAGCAUAACUGGGCUAAUAUCUCGCAGACAAUUUGCCCCGAAAUCCUAGUUUUUGGCAAGUAGGCCUCUUGGAUGUUGCUCUUUUCAGAAUAUCCUGACAAAUCCCAUAAUGUCACAAAUUAACACCUUACGCUUACCAUAUUUGAUUUCUUACUACUCCUCCGCAUUUUCAGUUAAUUAGUUCCACAACCACGACGCCGAAGUGUACGCUCCGUAGCGUCUUGUUGUAAUUAAAAUCAUUCUGUAAAAAAGAUUAUUAAAUUUAGUUUUAAGCUUAUUUAUGAAAAAGUCGACUAAAUAAAGUAACGCAAGACUUAAGCUUAAUUUGAAUUUGUAAACAAAAAACUUUUUCACCGGUUUCAUCGAUUCAAGUUUAGAAGGCAAAGCUUUACCUGUAAAAUUUCCAAACCGAACUUCGUCACCUUCUUCGUAUAUUUCGGGAACAGCUUGCUUGAUUAUUUGUGAAAUUUCUUUGUUUGUUACGGCAGCAAACCGGGAAGCCAUUUUGCUCGUAACUUACGCGAGUUUGGCGUCGCUCGCUUUUCAAACAUGGCAAUUCACAAGUUUAUCACUUCGCAAACAACAGCGUAAUGGCUUAAAUGGAACCGUUAGAAGUUUGAAUUGUUUCAUUAUUUUAGAGGAAAAGUAGAGCUUUGUUGUUUUCUGUUGACUCGCCCAGUUUAUAGCCAAAAAAGUUUGGUGUGUAGUUCUUCGCAUGAAGUGCUGACAAAAAUGGCGCCUCGGUUGCUCGAGGUAAGACGACGUCUUUCUGUAGCAUUCUUUUUCCUAUAUACUUGAAACGUAGAAUUUCUGCAAACAUUUGCUUUCAAAUUUAUUUGCAUAAAUAAACUUCGAUUUUGGGGCCAAAUGUUUCUUGUUUUGAAACGGUGAGUUCACGAAACGGCCUCUUCUACGCGAAUAAACGGGAGUUGUAAACAACCCGUCGAGCACAAAACUCAGCCACAGUAAAUGGAAAAAUGCCGUUUUGAAUCCUUCGAAGUCUUUUCUUGCCUUAAAAAAGUCAACCCUAGGAUUUUGUCGACUUUUAAAAGAUCGUUCUUUAAAAAAAUGGCAAAAACACCGAGCUCACAAAUUAUCCACUCACUAGGAGGUGGAUAUUGUUGAAUAGCCCGAGAUAGCGAACCAAUCAGAUUGCUUAAAUCGCCAAGAUUACUGAGUGUGUAUAUUCUAAUUAACAAUUAGUCGCCGAAGGCGACGUGAAUAUCGACGAAUAGUCACCUCGACUUCGUUUCGGUGACUAUUCGCCGAUAUCACGUCACCUGAGGCAACUAAUUGUUAAUUAGAAUAUACACACUUAGUGAUCUUGGCAAUUUAAGCAAUAUGAUUGAUUAUUCGAGAAAAUAAAAUUAUUGAUCAAUUUCCGACUCCAAAACAUCAACAAAUCUGGCUACCAUUUUGAAAACUGCGAGCCUUCAAUGUUAUAAUAACCGCGCGGUGAUUAUAGCGGGAUGAAGCGAAGCAUCUAGCCAAUCAUAGCGCUCUAUUUUCGAUGAUCAUCAAAUGUAAUUAUACAAACAUUGGAUAUUCACUGUUUGAGUAGCGAAUCAGAGCGUGCGAAAAACACUAUCCACUGUUUUAGUAUAAAAUGGCGUUUUCACUUCACCCAUGGCAGUUCAGCGAAUCUUAUCAUUUGGUAUCACUUUGCAGAGCUGCAAAUAAUUUCUCUUUAGAAAGGAAUACAAACUGUAUGUCCAUACAGGUCACCAUGCUUCAUAUGGCAGUCUUCUGGUAUUUGAUCUGCCCAGUCAUUAACUGCAGGAAGGAUUUUGUCAGAUCGUGGACAAAUUUUAGUCGGAUAAUGUCUGAUGACCAACUCGGUUAUUUGCAGCUCUAAACUAAAUUUCUCGGUUAAAAUUAACAUAAUUUUUCCCACUGUAGGAUUGCCCCAGUCCACCGAAUAUGUAGCUGUUAAAAUACUAAUCAGUAUUUUCACUCUAUUGUUGUUCCGUUUAUUAUUUUAGUUUCGUACUACCACUUCAGUUACCGGAGAACAAUCUGAAAAGCGGAAGAAAAAGAUGACCACAGUCGUAAAGCGACUGGUGAUUCUCAUGUGUGCAUAUGCUCUUAUUUUCUGUCUGGCAUACGCUCCCAUCUGCGCAUUACAGCAGCACUCAAAACUUCUUGAUUAUAAUAUCAAGCAGUAUUUUGGGUGCCUGGUAUUUUCCCCUCCUGAGCAGUGCCAGAAAGGUAAGUACAGCAUGUUGUUUUAUUAUCAAUAAGAGAUGCUGGGUGUUAAAGGGGCUAUGCCGUGACAGGGUUCGCACAGUCACAGUCCUGAACGUCCUUGAAUUCCGUUUUUCCUUGAAAAGUCCUUACAUUUCUGUGUAAGUCCUUGAAAAGUCCUUGAAUUUUCUUCAACUUAAAAUGUAGUGGCCUUGAAAGUGUUUUUUGAUACUUUUUAGUUGUCCAAGACAGAAUAUAAACCAUAGCUCACAGAAUUAAAAGGUUAUUUACACAAAGUGCUCAAUGUUUUAUGCAAAAAUUAACUAUCAAUUUUAGACAAGUGAACUGAAAAAUGUAAAGAAGUCGGUGAAGCAAACUGUUCAAGCCUUUAAGCCUUAUUAGAAUAAACUGGGAAUUUGUAUUUAUGUACAAUCUGUGAAAGUAUAUUCCUGGUUGGUGGUCCUUGAAAAUCUAAUGUGGCCCUUGAAAAGUCCUUCAAAAGUCCUUGAAAAAUAGUUGCAAUUUUUUGUAUGAACCCUGCAUGAGAGAUAUCGCUGUUUUAGGUGUUUAAUUCUGUGCUGAAGUCAUCACUUAGUGCCCUUACCCAACCACAAAAUGCUCCUGUAGAGUUAUGAUAUCAAACAAAUUUCAUCAGUGAGUACUAUACCCUUUUAGUAAAAUCCAACUGGUGGUCUAUUAUCAAUGCUGCAUUCUAAUUGGUUGAGCUACUACUAGGCUAUAUGUUAUACCGUAAAAUUCCGAAAUUAAGCCCCGGGGCUUUUAUUUUUCAAAGGCCCUUUUUGAGGGGGUUAUUUUUGGAGGAGCUUAUAUUCCGAGGGGCUCAUCUACGGAGGGAAUUUUGCGUUUCAAAAUUGAUUGGGCUAGCGAACCUUAUAGUUGGAAGAAAAUUUACCGUUUUUGCUUUGUUUUACUUUGUAUUUGAGGGCAAUUUCAAAGUACAAGGCCCCCGGGAGGGGGGGCUUAUACUUGGAGAGGCGAUGUAACGGAGGGUUUUUUGCGUUACGAGUUUGGGGUCUUACAUUUGGAGGGGCUUAUACACACGGAGGGGCUUACUUUCGGAAUUUUACGGUAGCCCACUAGUAGUGGAAAGCGCCGGCUUUUGCGGGGCAAAAAAGGAUUAAAUUCUAGCUUUAACUAUAGCUAAAGUUGUUUUGUCUCGAUAUUUUUGACCAACUAGUUGGAUUUCACUAAAACAAUUAUUCCUCUCGCCCUCAUGGCCUCUGAGUCAAUAGCCCAUUCGACCUUCGGCCUCAUGGGCUAUUGACUCAGAGCCCAUUCGAGCACGAGGAAUAAUUGUUAAAUAUAGUUUUUUGCUGAUUUUUGUAGGCAUAGCUUCAAAACGAUUUUUUAAGUUUCAGUCAAUGUCCAUCCUUACCAUCCUUAUAAGCAACAGAUGGCAGGAAACAGUUUCAAUGCCUAAAUAUAGUGUUAAAUAGCAAAACUGGACCAUUCUUUGUGUAAUUCAAUUGAUUAUUAAUUAUAUCAUACUACUACAUGAGAAAUUUCUGCAAUUUGAUUGGCUGAGAGCAGUGGUAUUUCAGCUUAAUUUGAAAUACCUACUUGUGAAAAUUACAAACGUGUUGUGGGUAGUAGUAUAAACAAAUAAUAGCAUGAUUUGUACGUGACAUUUGGCAUAAAUACCACUCAUGAUAUUUCAAAAUUGUCUUAAAUUUCACUCGCCUAAUGGCUCGUGAAAUUACGAAUAACAAUUUCGAAAUAUCACUUGUGGUAUUUAUGCCAAAUAUCUCUACCAAUCAUGCUAUUACCUAUACAAAUAUGUCUCAGAAAUGACUCCUUCAAUCAAAUUCUGCUGGAUGAAAACGAAUUCAUCAACAUAGAAUUUAAGGAGCUAUACGAAAAACUAGGAGAAGCUAUGUUCCGUUCAAAAGCUCGAUGGAUUGAAAGAGGUGAAAAAGCUACCAAUUAUUUCUUUAACUUAGAAAAGCGAAACUAUGAGAAAAAAGUCAUCGCACAAUUGAAACUCGAGAAUGGUGAAAUUAUCUCAGACAUCAAACAAAUUAACGAGGAAAUAGAAUCAUUUCAUAGCAAUCUACUAGAAACAAAUUCUUCAAAUCCCAUCGAUUUCAAUGAGGAAUUCAAUGCUUUUGUCGCGGAUCUACAAAUUCCACAAUUAACACCUGAGGAAUCAUCGGCUCUUGAAUCAAAUCUGACACCUCUUGAAUAGAAAACUGUCUUGAGGUCAUUUCAAAACAAUAUAUCCCCUGGUGUGGAUGGCUUUUCCAAAGAAUUUUACGAAACAUUCUUUGACCUGAUUGGCUUACACCUCCUUAAUUCAUACAAUGAAGCUUUCAACAAAGGGCAUGCCGCAAUUUUCAAUAUCUCAGAGGCGUGGAGUUAUUUGUUUGAUACCGAAAGACGAUUCUUGCCUUAUUGAGUUGACUAAUUGGUGUCCGCUAACCCUCCUUAACGUUGACUGCAAAAUUUUAGCAAAAGCUCUUGGCCGAAGAGCUGAGAAAGUACUCUUCUUGCUGAUUCACUCUAAUCAAACGGGCUUCUUGAAGGGAAGAUUUAUUGGACAAAAUGUUCGACUCUUUAAUGACAUUAUGGAAUAUACCGAAUCCAAGAAACUCCCAGGUAUUCUUUUCUUUAUUGAUUUUCGCGAGGCAUUUGACACCAUCGAAUGGAAUUUUAUUCAUAAGUGUAUCGAACUAUACAACUUCCCAAAUAUUAGGAGAUGGAUUUCCAUUCUUUAUAACAAUGUUGAAAGCGGCGUUAUGAAUGCGGGUUUUAUGACAAACUACUAAGUUUCCCGAGGAGUUCGCCAAGGGUGUCCAUUGAGCCCUCCUCUAUUUGUAUUAGCGGUUGAAAUGGUGGCCCUUAAAGUACGCCAAGAUCAAAUUUGCCGUGGAAUUUGAGCUCCCAAAUGGACAAAAUGCUAAGAUUUCACAGUUUGCGGAUGACACCACACUCAUUCUUGAAGAUACCAGGUCACUGAGAAAUGCGAUGAGCAUAGUGAAUUCAUUUGGAGUAUGGUCCGGCUUGCAAUUAAACCAAAAGAAAACCAAAGCUUUGUGGAUCGGUACUUCGAGCAAAAACAAGACCAAACCUUUAGAAUUUGAGUGUCCGAAAGACCCCAUCAAAUUUUUUGGAACAUUCCUUUCCCAUGAUGAAGCUGGAAAUGAUAACAACAAUUUUUAUAUCAAAAUAAGAAAAAUGGAAGCAAAGCUCAAUAUUUGGCUCUCGCAUGACUUAACGUUGUGCGGAAGAAUAGCGAUAUCUCUCGCCGAGAGAGAUUAUCCCAGUUAAUCUACACUGCAUCUAUAAUUUCUGUUCCAGAAACAGUUAUUCUGUAGACGCAAAAAAUACUAUGUGUAUUUCUUUGGAAAAAUAAAACAGAUCAGAUCAAAAGACUGGUUUUUCUCCGCCCAUUAUCCAAAGGUGGAUUGAACUUCCCUUGCUUCAGGACUACCGUCAAAGCGCUUCGUGUUAGUUGGAUAAGCAGACUUUUAGGUAACCCCAAUGAUGAUUGGACGGCAAUCCCCAACCACCAGUUUGAAAAAUAUGGUGGACUGUUGUUUCUACUUAGUUGCAACUAUAGUACUGACAAAUUAGACAAGAAAAUUCCUCUGUUUUACUGAGAACUGCUCGAAUAUUUUCAAGAACUGCGUCGUAGCAAUUGUGAAGAUCCAUUGAAACGUGAAUUUAUUUUGUGGAAUAACAUGCAGGACGUAAAUAUUGAAAUAACCCGGUCUAUUAGAAGGCUUGGCGGGACAAGAAUGUUAUGUUUAUACAGGACUUGCUGAACGAUCAGGACCAUUACCUUUCUCCUGAAGAAUUUGGUGUCAAAUACAACAUUACAGUCAACUUUUUGUAUUACUAUCAGCUCGUCUCUGCCAUUCCCACACAUCUUAAAAGCGAGGCAUCCGCUCAUACGGACCUUGGGCAUCUUAAAGGGGCUAUGUCAGCUGGAGAGCAUGCGCUCUGAGGUUAUGCAAAUUACUCUCAACUGUCAAAAUUCUAUUGUUUUGAACGCGUGACUUUCUCCGUGUGCGCUCUGAGGUUAUGCAAAUUACUUUCAACUGUCAAAAUUCUAUUGUUUUUUUACGGUGGCCCAUAGAGGACACGCUACUUACAUUUUUAUAUCGCGCGAUAAAAACACAGUUUAUCGCGCGAUAAAUUGAGAAUUAUCGCGCGAUAAAUUCAAAUUAUCGCGCGAUAAAUCCAAAUUAUCGCGCGAUAAAUCCAAAUUACCGCGCGAUAAAUCCAAAUUAUCGCGCGAUAAAUUGAAAAUUAUCGCGCGAUAAAUCCAGAUUAUCGCGCGAUAAAUCCAAAUUAUCGCGCGAUAAAUUCAAAUUAUCGCGCGAUAAUAAGUCACGCCAAAAAGUGACAAACAUUUUUUUCACUCAGUUGUUUACGGCGUUGUUGCCAAGAUGGCGGUCCAUUUAAGGUCUGCUAUCGAACUGUUGAUACUUUUUGUCGUAUGUCAAGUAUCCAGCGCUGUAUUACCCUCUUACAUUGGUAACAGGUUGAUCGGAAUUGUGGAGAGGACCGACCUCAUUAAACAUUACUUUUGCCUUGGUCUUCAGUACUCCGAGAUAUUGGCUUUUCUGCUCUCUUUUCAUGGAAUUCAACUGAGCUUGCGUCAGCUCAGACGAAUUUUGAGACGUGAGGGUCCACGUAGAAGGAAAGACCACAGUGAUAUCGAACAAGUUAUUAAUACCAUAGAAACUGAACUUGAGGGAAGUGGAAACCGAAUUGGAUACCGUCAAAUGCACCAGCGAUUAAGGAACGACUACGGUCUCGUUGUCCAAAAGGAAAUCGUUCGAGAAAUAAUCAAAGAAUUGGACCCUGUUGGAGUACAAGCACGAUCGUCAAAGAGAUUCAGGAGAAGAGAAUACCGUGCAAAAGGGCCUAACUAUAUUUGGCACAUAGAUGGCUAUGAUAAACUUAAACCGUUUGGGUUUUGUAUACAUGGAGGCAUAGAUGGUUAUAGCAGACGCAUUCUUUGGUCAAAAGUUGGUUGCACAAACAACAAUCCAAAAAUAAUUGCCAAUUAUUUUACUGACUGUAUUCGCCAAAUAGGUGGAGUUCCGAGGAUAGUGCGAGCCGAUGCGGGAACAGAAAAUAUAUCUGUGGCAGGUAUACAACGAUUUCUGCGGUCAGGAACUGAAGAUGCAUUCUCCGGAGAAAAAAGUUUCCUGUACGGAAGGUCGGUAAGCAAUCAGAGAAUAGAAGCUUGGUGGUCAUUUCUGAAGAAAAGUAACGCUAGCUGGUGGAUCGAUUUUUUUAAGGACAUGAGAGAUGAAGGUGUCUUCUGCGACCAUGACCCAAUUCACGUUGAUUGCUUGAGAUUUUGUUUUAUGCCCCUAAUGCAACAAGAGCUUCACACAGUAGCAAAACAAUGGAACCUGCACAAUAUUAGACCUUCCCACAAAGCAGAAUCUCCUUCUGGCCGACCAGAUAUACUCUAUUUCGUGCCAUUAUGGACAGAUACAAGGGAUUACAUGACAGAGGUCGAUCUUGAUGAUAUUGACAUAAUUGAAGAUGUAUGCUGUGACAGAACAAGCCCAACUCAUUGCUCAGACGAGUGUAGAGAAUUAGUGGACAUAAUAAUGCAAGAGCAACAUUUACAAAUUCCUACAAAUGCUCAAGAAGCACGUGACCUUUUUGUGGAUCUUGUUUACCAUAUUGAAAAUACUUGAUUAAGUAGACUCUCGCUAAAAGACCGAGGAUAAAAUCGAGGUCCAGAUAUAUCUCAGAAGGGGAGUGAUUCAGCAGUUUUUCAAUGGUUAAUUAACUGAUUUGAGAGAAGACGUUAAGUAUCAUGGAAAAACUUUUAACUCUGUUUAUUAUGAGAAAUCGUUAACUUUGUGUAAGGAAAAGAGUAUACACGCGGAAUUCAAACCUACAUGUACUACAAUCCAUGUGACAUUUCCGGCAGAAUAGGAACAACUAGUUCACGCAGUCAUUCCUUGUUAUCGUGAACUGAGUCUUGUCACUGACAAAACAGUAAAAGGGGAUUAUGACCAUUAACCAAAGUAACUGAUUCAAACUACAAGCAAACAUCAACUAUGAAAGUGCACCUAAACUUAAAUGUUUUUCGUUUUUGAGACUAAUCCCUUCACCUUUUGCAAACUUAUGUUUACCAUUUUGCUUUUUAAAUAUCCCACAAGUUAUUUAAGGUUAGGAAAACUUGCACUCAUUUAACUAAGCCUGAGUUGUGAGAGACAUGGUCUAUUCCUAACUUGACGCCACAAACUGUUUUGCAAAGCACAAAUUCUCUGAAAUCAGAAAUGAAAAGCAGUUCGGGACGCUAAAUCGCAAGAAUAGACCCGUGACACUAACAAGCUCGGUCGUGGAUGAAAUGACUGCUAGUUGUCUUCAGUUUACAGAACCUUCGAACUCGCGGCAUUUAAAUUAGAAAUUUCGAGGUGAAACUGUUGCAAAAUGUGCUCUAUAGGUGGUGAAAUUUAUCUCAACAACAAAACCUUUUGAAACAUUUAGAGCAUUGUUCGCUCCUCCUGAAUGUUAUAACAAAACGUACAAGAAUAAUUACUUUAAAAUAACACAACGAGUGGUAUUAGUCAGUGUGCACACUAUUAAAGAAACAGGCGGUGCAGUUUACUUUUCUAAAGGAAAUCUAUGUCCCAAUACUCAGACGACAGGACACUGUUCCACUCUUCGCGGAACAAAGGAAACGAUGCAUAUGUAGUAGGGAGAUCCAGCACUGCUCCGCAAGUGUGUGCCACAGGUCGUCUAACAGCACCCUCCAAAGUGUUGAAUGAGAUGGUGAUCUUCUCCACGCACAUCAUAUUGGAACCGGUGCAAAAUCGGAGGAACUUCGUUAAUUUCUCACUCUCCAGUCCACGUACAUAUUGCUUCAGGUAGGACAUGGUCUCCCUUUGAGCAUUGGUUUCAGCAUUUGCAUCUAAAAGUGCUAUCACCUUCUUAGUGGUCGGUUUCCCUCUUUCAAAGAACUGCUGAAGCAGAUCUGGUGACUGAAAUUCUUGCUGAAGCACAAGUAACGGUGUACUCCAGCUGUCGAUGAUGUAUCUUGGCGUUUGGACCAACUCCUUAUGGGCUAUCUCCAAGACGAUAUCUCCGACUUGCUCCGCAUUGGGAAUGGUCUUGCACCCAAACCGAUCCAACAGUUCCAGCCAUUCCUCCUCGUGUUCCUUAUCCAAUCCCUUAUUCAGAGCGAGCUUGAUCAAUUCUCUUUCAUCUUUACUGAGAUAGGCCAGGAAUGAGUCUAUCAAUAGUUCAUUGGUUAUGGCGCUUUCACCGAAGAGACUGGCUGUCAUAAAGGCUCUGUUUAAUCUGACAGGGAAAAAUUUCACUUGCUUGUAACCUUUGACAAUUAUUCUUCCUAUUGACUCCCACUCUGAAACUUGGAAGUCGUGUCUUAUGACGGGAGCUCUCUCCUCUUCCCCAUUUGUACAAGAUUCAUAGAAGGCGGCCCAAAAUGAGGAAAGAGCGUCAAGGAAAACACUAUUGUUAUCCACGCCGUCCUCUUCUUUCCCAAAAGCAUUAAUCAUGACCACGUUGAGUGGGGUAUCCAUUACAAUUUCAUCUUUAAAGAGGCUAAUCAUAUCCGCCAUAACUUGAACUCUUCUUAUCUUUACAACCCUGCAAUGAAACCAAAACAAAAAGAGAGACAUUCAGGGUUAUUUCAUUACCGUAACCUAAUUUAUGACAUUGUGAUAAGGUUGUAUGCUGUCAAUGGCUCGGUUGUACUAAGAUGUCAGAUAACUAGCAGUAACCGCUACUGUUCAACUCUAAAUAAUAUAGCCUGCACAACAGGCAGCACUCAGGUGGGUUUUGGGGCAGCGCGUAAAGCGCGAGACACGCGAGGGAAGGGAAAAGAAAAACAAUAACCAUAACUACUUACUUCCCCUCUCCUCGCAUGUCUCACGCAUCGCGCGCGCGCUGGAAAUUCCACCUGAGCGCCCCGGCCCAAUAACGCCUGUUGUACAGGCUAUUAAUAAUACGCUUACAGCAUGAAUUAGUUGGCUCACAGAAGCCUGUGAUUAAUUAAAUCAAUUUACAAUCAAGCCCAAGGUAGGACCUUACCUGCGAUUUGUUUGCUGUGAUUCUAAGCUGUGGCUUACUUCCGUUUCCACACUUGAAUCAUUACUGGGGGGUAUAACGUUCGCAACCGCCGGCCUAGAGGAGUCAUCUUCAAUGAUCACCACGUUAUCAGAGGAGCCCUGAUUGUUGGUAAUUCCCAUGCAGGUAAGGGGUUCAUUGUUGCUCUCCGCCAACUCCUCAUCACCUGGAUCUCCAAUGUCGGUCUAAAAAGAAAAAAGUAAUAUGUCAUUUUCUUAAACCGAUAAGGCUUCCUUGCGUUCCUGCGUGUACAACAGUUGUAUGAAGUGGGCGGAGUUUAUAUUCCCAAAACAUCAAAUCACGUCGCAUAGAAGAUUACCCCACGGCGAGAAUAUAGCAAAUAUAUAUAUAUAUAUAUACAUGAAGCGUUUUGUGUUAAGUAAAAAGACUUGCAAAGGUCAAAAGCAAAGUGAAACUACUUGUUUAAUUUUUCUAGUUGAAACCGGUUUCUGUGAAGGACACUCCUCUCUUAUUUUAUCAUACUGCGCACGUACAUUUUUCAGUUGUUCCCUGGCCCAAUUUUAUUGUACUAGAUUUUCUGUCAACGUCAUAUAGCUAGGAUGUAAAUGUUGUAAAUAGCCGCAAAGAAUAAAGAAAGUCAAAAGUUAAGUUCCCCUGACCUUUUCUUCCAAAUACUUUGGGAGGUAGUACUGACGAAAAUUUCGCGCUCGGUCUUCCAUUGUCCUCUUUCUGCUUUUCCUUGUGCAAGUAGCGCUCUGCUCCUGCAAAUUGGGUAGAUUGCAUGCAUAAGUAUCCUAAGCGUCAUCCCACCAAGAACUGUCGUGUGACAGCAUAGUAGUACAAGCUAAUUUAACAAAAACUCUUGCCUCUAAACUACCAUAGAGUGUUCUUAAUUAACAGACUUUCAAUAAAUUUUGAUUGACUGAACAUGCAGGAGUAGAGGUGUAAACCGAUAAAGAAGCUUCAACACUGAAAUAUAACGGCAAUGUAAACUGCACUGACCUUUUUGUCGUCAUCUUGGUCACAAAAAUACCACGGCAAAAUGUCACUGCUGCAAAUUUAGGUAAAUGGAAAGGUUCGCAGUCACCAAAUGGGAGUGAUAUUAUUUAUUAUUAUUAUUAUUAUUAUUAUUAUUAUUAUUAUUAUUAUUAUUAUUAUUAUAACAUGAAUGGUAAACUUUGAGAUAUUGGUAAGUGAGACAAAUUAAAGGGUUUUCUUACACUGCUUAAAAGUCAGUAUAUACCCAUCAGCAUGUAAAUUUGCCAACCUUUUUCACUUUACUUACAAAGGUGCAUGAAUCAUUGUGACCUACACUGAAGUCAAUCUUGUUCCCAAAGUCCGCAGUUUUUGAAUUGUAUUUGGUUGGUGAAUAAAAUGGUUAAUGUUCUAGCAUGCUCUAUCAUAUCCUUAACUUGAUGGAGUUUAUUUUACAAUAUCCCCAACUACGGACUUACGCUGAACAUCCUUCUUCAUCGGUAUCAAUAUCCCAUGCCAUAAUACGACUUGGUGGAGUCAUUCCAAUCUCUCCAAUUUCGCCAAACCCUUUAAAGGAAACUUCAUCGUCAUCUGCUGACAAUGGUAUUGGAUCAUCCCUCUGCUCCAUAAACAACACUUUGUCAGCUGAGCAGUCUAUAGACACAGACGGGUCUAUCACAUUGCCUGGUGUGCUGGAUAACGAGAAGUACAGCGGAAUAAGCUGCAGCGAGCCAAUCCAAUCGUACACUGCCGCCAUCUUCUGGUUGGGUUUGAACGCACGAUUGACCAAGCCCAAGUCGAUGUGGCGGACACGAACAACCACACGCGGUUCAUCUACCGUUGGUUCGUCUAACACUCUUGACAAGCGAGCGGCGUGAAUUUCUUCGACCUUUCUUGCUUUAUUUAAUUCUUCCUUAAGGGCUUGUUCCCUACGCUCCGUUUUCGCGCGGUCCGCGCGCAGGCUUUCCGCAUACUCUCCGUCUUGUUCCUCUCUCAGUUUGGCCCUUUCACGCGAGCUUCCUUUAAGCACUCCAAGAGUCUCCGACUCGGCUUCCGGUUCCCCCUCCUCAACUGAGAUGGAUGAUGUUCCUCUUUGCCGCGUCCUCAGAUACAGGCGGACACGAGUGAGCUUGUGGAGUGCGAAGUAUGGUUGAAGAGAGAAGUCCAUUACAUUACUUUCAUGGGAGGUUAUGCUUGUUUUCACUUCACCCUUAAAGUUUGCUAACUCGCAAUCCAUGUCCAUCCAAUUUCCAUAUACUGAUUUUCCUUGAGGGAAAAACAGGUUCCGAGCUUCCUCUAGAAUGUCGGAAAUGGUACUGUUGCCUGACAUCGAUACAGACCUUGUCCCCCCUCCUCUGGACUGUCGAACAGCAACAAACCUUUUCUGGACUUCUGAGAAAUGCUGCCAGCCUAACUCAAAUUUUCGCGGUUUACCAUAGGAGCUAGAGGGCGUAUUUUUCUUCUGCGACUCAGGGCCACUUGAGUGCUUUACUUUCUUGCACCUUAUUUUGUCAAUUAAGGACUGCUUUCGUUCUUCAGCAUCUUUGCUUUUUGUCUGCUUUUCUUUUCUUUCACAAAAUGAACGUAGAGCGUACAGGUCGCCCCUCGUCUCUAGUCCAAGUUCAACUAGAAAGUAUUCGGGAGAAUAAAGCACUGCAGACCCGUCCAUCUAGGAAAAGAAAAUUUUAAAACAUCGUCAGUGCUGGCGUUGCUAGUGUCCACUGAAACAUUGAUGAUGGUUACCCAUGAUUCUAUUCUACCUUUAACGUUGAAAUCAGAACGUUGCCAAAUUUGUCGCGCUUGAGUUUUCCCACUCGUGGUUUAGGGUGGCUUGUUAACCAGCAAAAUCCUUCGGGAUACUGGCAAGUCACGAAAGGCGACCUAAGCCAAAAUAUUUCUUUCCUUCAUGAUUCUUUUUUGUUUAGGUGUAGCUUUUUCAUAAGGUUUUAGUAGCGUCUGGUUGCGGGCCGUGUUUUCCGAUAGAUUUUUCUAUUCGGAGUUCCCGGGAGUUCGCCAUUUUUUGCCGAGCACAGCUACAGUUCAGUUUUUUUUCUUUUCUUAUCGAAAACACUUUGAUGAUGGGAGGUUUAAUCGCGUAAAUUUCAACUCGUACCCUUGACGAUUGGCGUUGAAAUCGCGAAAAUGUUGUCCUGGUCGAUCGAAGACUGGCUUUCGGCAUGGAUUGGACUUCUGGAUGGGACACGGAUCAGGACAUGAGUAAACUUAUACCUUGGAAUCAGGGAUAAUCAUAGGAACUAUGUUAACUUUGAGACCUUGGAAACACACACUGCAAUUAAUUUUAACCGUAUCAAGAGCAUCUCGGAAUAUUAAACUUUCAUCUUGUAUUAAAACAUUGGAACUUUAUGGAACUUUGUAACCCUGGGUUUGAACCUGGAUAAAGCAAGCGGAUGUUUUGUUUUGUUUUCUUCCAUUAACCUAGAUAGAACGCCAUUAUGCUUCCAUAGACUAACACAUCCCACGGAAACGACUUUAGGCGUCUUGUUACAUAAUAAAUCCCGCUUUCACAGUGCAAGUGAAGUGGUUUGUUUUUUACAUUAGUGUUUAUAUGAUACCUGUAAAUAGCUGACUUGUCUCCAGUCAUCUCCAAGUUGUUUACUCAUUAAUUAUUUACUAGGGAAGCGCCUGGGUUAUUGCCGGAUUUCAUACCUUGAGGGCCUGGGUACAAGUCCAUGUAUUAUGGGAUUAUUAACACAAGACCCCUAUAUUCAGAAAGAGCAUACUGAGCUUUACAAAAUCUUCAAGUUUCGUGUUAAUUGGGCCAAUAUUGAACAAGAUACAACCAUUCAAAAUCGUAAAAAUUUACUAAGAAAAGACAAGUGUCCGGCAAUCCAUACAUUUUUUAGUAAUUUUUUGAGAUUUUGAGUGGCUGUAUCUUGUUCAGUAUUGACCCAAUUAAUACGAAACUUGAGGAUUUUGUAAAGCUUGGUGUGCUCUUUCUGAAUAUAGGGGUCUUGUGUUGAUAAUCCAAUAAUACACGGACUCGUACCCAGGCCCUCACGGUAUGAAAUCCGGCAAUUGUAAAUAGAACAUUACAUGACCGCUUAGGGAUGCUAAUUUUCUCUUCGAGUGAAAUUUCAUAUCUCCGCACGGCCAUGUAAUAUCCUGUAUUUCUUACCUUUUGUUCUCGAAACCUGGAGAUAACAUUUCCGUUUACAAAUCUUUCCUCCAGAAAUUUACAAACCUGUAAUUAGAC